UUAAUCACGUACUAAACUCAAGAACCAUAAAAAUGGGCAAGACAGUUGAACAUGCUGAUGACGAACCCGUGAAGAUGAAAAAGAAAUCAAAGAAAAACAAGAACAUGACCGAUGAUCUAAUGUCAUUUGGUGAUGGUAAUAGCAAUAUAGAAACAGACAGCAACUAUACAAAGAAGAAAAAAAGGGAUAAACAUACGGAGAAGAAGAGGAAAUCAGAAUCAAAAGAUGACGGAGAAACAGAUGAUGAUCUUUUAAUGAAGAAAAAAAGCGAUAAACAUAAGGAGAAGAAGAGGAAAGCAGAAUCAAAAGACGAUAGUGAUGAAGAUGAACAUGAUAAGGGUAAUUUAGUAAAUGAUGAUUCACAGAAGAAGAAUAAGAAAAAGAAGAGAAAAUAUUCUUCUGAGGAAGCACAAGUACAAGAAAAUGAAUCGGACCAAAAUGCUGGGCCCGAUGUAGAGAAAGAUCGUGACCUGAAACCUGAAAAAAAAGAAAAAGAAGAUAUCAAGAAAACCGAUAAGAAAAAGAAAACGAAGAAAACAGAGUCUGUCGUAAACAACACAGAGAAACCUAAAGCAAAAUCGAAAUCCAAAUCGAAGAAAGUUAGCUUCUCGGGUCACGUAGAAGUCUUCCCGACAUCAGAUACGGAACCCGAGAAACAAACAAACGAAGACGGUUUAGUACGAGGUAAAAGAUUUACACCAGAAGAAGACGCAAUAAUAAAACAAGCUGUUCUUGAUUACGUAACAACAAAAGGUUUGGGAGACGAAGGUUUAAAGAUGGUCUUAAACUGUAGAUCUCACAAGGGAAUGAAACACUGUUGGCAAGAAAUCGGGCUUUGUAUACCGUACCGUCCUCACACAGCUGUCUAUUACCGGGCCCACAAUUUGUUUGAACGGGCCGAAACCCGGUCAUGGACAUCGGAAGAGAUCGAAUCGCUGAAAGAGUUUCAUGAAAAAUACGGUAACGACUGGAAGAAAAUUGCUGAGGAGCUCGGUAAGCACAGGUUUCAUGUGAAAGACACUUGGCGAAGAAUUAAAUUGGCGAAUUUAAAAGGCGGAAGAUGGAGUCAAGAAGAGUACCAAAACUUGUACGAUCUUGUGAAUUUGGAUUUACAAAUGAAAAUUAGCGGUGAAGAGAAGAAAAAGUCGAAGCACGGGAUGUUGAGAGAUAAUAUUCCUUGGACUGCGAUUAGUGAGAAGUUAUCGACUAGAAGUGAUGCGACGUGUUGCGAGAAGUGGUAUAAUCAGCUGACAUCAUCACUGGUGGCGGAAAAGAAAUGGUCUGAUGCUGAUGAUUAUCGAAUGAUUGGUGCGCUUUAUGAAUUGGAUGCUGCUUGUGUUGACGAUGUUGAUUGGGAUAACGUUCUUGAACAUAGGCCUGGUGAUGUUUGUUUAAAGAGAUGGAAUCAAAUGGUGAAACACAUUGGGGAUUACGGGAGUAAAACAUUCGGUGAACAAGUUGACAUAUUGGCUGAACGUUAUUGUCCGGAUUUAGCCGAGACCAGAGAGGUUUGGGACAAGAAACCUGUUGUUCCAUGAUGUGUGUUUUGUUGUUAUUUUUCUUUUUAAUGCAGCAUUAAUGUCAUACAUGUUUAUGCUAUGGUUGUAAAAUAGUGUUUUAAAACACUUGAAAAACUUGUAUAAUGACGUUUGCAGGGAUGUGUUUUAUUUUUUUUAUUUUUUAUGCAUGAAGACUGUUGAAAGCGUUUGUCA